AUGGAGAAAGGGGUUUAUGAGAGGAACAGCCCAUGCAAUUCACGUCUGUCUCCCCAGCCCCAGGCUGGGCUCGCUCAGGCCCACUUCCCCCUGGGCACUGUGAGCAGCUCCCACGGAGGCUGGUACAGAUGCUACGGUGGAUACAACCUCUCCUCUGAGUGGUCGGCCCCCAGUCACCCCCUGGACAUCCUGGUGGGCCCCAGGGAGGGAGAGAGACAGAGAGAGACAGGAGUGGGAGGGGAGAGGGGGAGACUCAGAGACAAUAGAGAAAGACAGAGAGGGCGGUCCUCAGAGAGAGGCCUGGUGGCUCUCAGGGCAGAACAAGGUGGGCAGGCAUCUCCUCACCUUCUCUCCGUCUCUCUAGGACGACUGCCUGACAGACCCUCCCUCUCGGUGCAGCCAGGCCCCAGGGUGGCCUCAGGAGAGAACGUGACGCUGCUGUGUCAGUCACAGAGCCCGAGGGACACGUUUCUUCUAUACAAGGAGGGGGCAGCUGAUCCCUCCCUGCAUCUGAGAUCAAAGCACCGAGCUCGGCAGUUCCAGGCAGAAUUCUCCAUGAGUCCUAUGGCCUCAACUAACGGGGGCACCUACAGGUGCUACAGCUCACACAGCUCCUCCCCCUUCCUGCUGUCACUCCCCAGUGAGCCCCUGGAGCUCCUGGUCUCAGGGGAACCUGUUAAUAUCACCCCAUCAGUGCAGACCCCAAAUUCCACAAGUGGGCUCCAGGUCCCAGAUUACACAGUGGAGAAUCUCAUUGCCAUGGGCCUUUCUGGAUUCAUCUUGGUGGUGCUAGGUGUGUUGGUGUUUCAGGCGUGGUACAGCGAGAGAAGGUCCCCAGGGAUAAACUGAAGAUGGAGCACACCCGUUCCUCAGGAACUGUGACACAACCUGAGACCCAAACCACAGAGGCAAGGUUGUGAUGGCAAAGAAGGUACCGAAAGCUGGAGCCGCAAGCUGUGUGAACUCUGUGCUGAGGACCUAAAGGAAAUGAAACAGUAUUGUUAGUGCCUGAGGUGGUGACAGUCGCUGGGAAUACUCCUUGUGGGAGACUCCUCCACCAUGAGCCUUGCCCUUGCAUUGCCCUCUCCUGUUUGGCUGCUCUUAUUCCUCAUCUCAAUGAUCCAACGCUACGUCCACAUGAAGAGAUUCUGUUCAUAACUCCACUCUGUCUCAUGCUUGUUCCUACACUGUAUUGCACAUGUCUUCUUGAUCACACCCGCAUUCCCUGGUGUGAGUUGCUCUGUACCUUGAGCUCUACGUGUAGAGACUCAGGUAACUAAAUCAAUGAACUAAUAUUUAUAUCCAGCCCGGAGGGUGCACGCUGAGAAUGCCGCCCCAGGACCUUGUCUGGAUUCUGCAGGUUCCUUUCUCUUCACCUGGUGCUUCCUGUGUGGCUCCUCCCACCACCUCUGCACUUGGAAUCCACACUCUCCUGUGUGGCCUCAUGCAAGUGACAGCCCAUCUGUGAGCCUCUCUUGCCUUCCUGUGAAGCUGGUAGCAAUGAUGGUCCUUCGUGGCUGUGGUGCCAAUGAAAUGAGAUUGUGAAUUGUAGGACAAUAAACUCAUGUUUGUUUGCUGUU